ACCGCUUCCUGUUUCUCUGAGGGGUUUUUUCUGUUGGCCUCUUCGGUGAAACUGGUUCUCUAACGUCUUAGUUUAUCUUGCUGACACCUGCCUCAGUUUUCCUUUUAAACACGGAAACUGCUCGACCCGCAACACCAAAGAUGGCGCCAGCCUAAGAGCAGUUAUUUUAUUUAGUUGUGUGAACGGAACGGGGAUGUUGCCUGCCUCAGGUCAGCAUCUUAACAGUUUACUAUCCAGAGGUCCAUCCCAGAUUUUCAAAUGAAAAUGGAGGAAAAGCCCCUCUCAGGCCCAGACAACACCAGGCUGGAGGCUCUGGUACAGGACAUCUACUCUGAGCUGGUGGAAGAUGCCUGUUUGGGCCUGUGUUUCGAGGUGCAUCGUGCUGUGAAGCAGGGCUAUUUUUUCUUGGAUGAAACGGACCAAGAUAGCAUAAAGGAGUUUGAGAUUGUGGAUCAGCCAGGAGUGGACAUAUUUGGUCAGGUGUUUAAUCAGUGGAAGAAUAAAGAGUGUGAGUGUCCCAACUGCAAAAGAUUAAUAGCAGCUUCCCGCUUUGCUCCGCACCUGGAAAAGUGUCUGGGAAUGGGACGCAACAGCAGUCGCAUCGCCAACCGCAGGCUUGCUAGCAAUAACAACAUCAGCAAAUCUGAGAGCGAUCAGGAAGACAAUGAUGACCUUAACGACAAUGACUGGUCAUAUGGAGCUGAAAAGAAAUCUAAGAAAAGAAGAUCAGAUAAGAAUCAGAACUCCCCAAGAAGAUCCAAAUCUCUGAAACACAAGAACGGUGAGCUUGGGACAAGCAUCAGUUCAGAUCCCUACAAGCCGUACAACUACAACACUGGCGUCAGUUAUGAAAGCUUGGGCCCAAAUGAAGUCAGAUUGCUGUUGACAACCCAAUGUGGGGUGAUCUCUGAGCACACCAAGAAGAUGUGCACAAGGUCUCACCGAUGUCCACAGCACACAGAUGAUCAGAGGAGGGCAAUCAGGCUGUACCUCCUGGGGCCGUCCGCGCUGACACUUCCUGAUGCUGACGUGGGAGGUGACUGCUUCGACGUUCCUACUGAUGGACAGGCCCUACUGAGCCGCAUGCAGUGGGAGGACUCCCCCGACAUCUCCCCUUCUGACUCCGCCUCAUCAAAAGCCAGCACCAACCAUUCGGAUUCCAGGAGGCCCAAGAAGAAGAAGAAGUCAGCCCUGAGCAUGAACAGCGGAGGGGGAGGUGUGAAUCUGACUGGAGUCGGCAGCUCCAGCUUUCAGAGUAAUAUCAGCUUAUCGACCAAAAAAAAGAAGCCCAAAACAGCAGCACCUUUGGUUCCAAGCAUCUAUGAUCAAUUAAACUAAGGACCCUUUUCAUGCAGUUUAGGACAUACUCAUCUUUAAAAGUAGGAUUCCUUCUCAUCAGAAACACUCAUCUAGCAUCAGUUCUAUUAUCUUGAGGCAUUUAAUUGCAUAACUCCACUUUAGUGUAUGAGAAGCUUAGAUCUGCAAAAUUAGUUGGACUUUUUGUGAGUGAAGGAUUAAUCUCAGGGGGCUUUAUGAUCCUUUGAUUUUAUUCUUUAAUUUCCUUACUAAGAACGGGGGAAACAAGAACAGAACUUUAAAAUUAAUUUUCAUAUUUUUACACAAUUAAGUAGAACAAAAGACUUCAUCCAAUGAUGACAAUGUACAACCUGUUAAAAGAUAAAAGUGGGAACCGAGUCUUAUGUAGUGGAAAUGGUCUAUUACAGAGAGAUGUAGGAGUUAUCAAACAUUUAUCCACAUAUUUAAAGUAUACACACUUUGACAAAAAUGCUAUACUGUAUGUUAUGACAUUUCAAAGCUUUAUUUCACCUUUAAUGUGACAAAUAUGUAAUUUAAUAGAAAAGUACGUCUUUUAAGGCAGUGGCUCUGAGUCCCGGUACUUGGGGGGGCUACUUUCCUUCUCUGCUGUCCUGAUUCAGAUGAUUGCGCACCGCAGGAUUGUGCUGCGUAGUUCUAAGGGGGAAAUGUAAAAACCAGAAAAGCAGCAAUGAACCGACGCCAUCGGUUUGAACAUUUACUUAGUUAAAGCACCUUUUAAUUUGGUUUGGCAAUUGAAACUCCUUUUCAGCUUUCUAUCUUUUGACACCUUUUGACAAAGACCCAAUUUAAUAGAAACUAAUGCCAGAUCAUGACGCAGCCGUCAUUAUGUAUUACCUUCGGUUGUGGUGAUGCUUCGUUUUGCUCCUGUACCACAGAGCCCUUUAGUUGGAGAUCAGUUGUAUGCAUUAAAUAGGCGAUAAAUGUCACAUCAAAGCAGGAAAAGUUUUGACUUUUUCAUUUUUAUGGUCAGUGAUAUGUCCACUUUAAUUUCAUGUUGUUGUUUUUUAAUUGUUUCAAACAGCAGCUUUGCCAGAUUUAAAUGGUUUGGUAAGAAAAAAAAAUAAUCGGCGUGAAGAAACAAAAUAAAAAAACUGUAUUUAGCUUUUUGUGAAUCCAGGUGUAACAGCAUGAAAACCUCUCAUUCAGCUUCCUGCCAUCUUUAGUUCUCUCUCAUCUGUUGUUUUGUGGUGACUUCCAUCCUUUUAUCCUGCUCCAAACAGGCUGUUAGGAAACGCUCAUGACUCAUCUGUGGCUUAAUGCUGGCAUUGUGUUGCACAAUUGUGUUUGUGUGUCUGAGGGCUGAUUUGCAUUCAGUGUGAAUGUCACUUUGCUGUGUGUGGUCGUUUAGCAAAUUCAUUGAAAUCAAUAAUUUGUGAAAGGACUUUGGCCAUUUUAAAUAUUUACCUUUGUUUACAUUAUGUGAGUUUAACUUGUGAAUCCUGUAUACUAGGGUUUCUAUAUCAUUUGUGUGAUUGUGGAGAUUUGGGGCCGUUGGGCUUUGAUGGCACAUGUAAAUAACAUAAAGUAGCUUAAAUGAACUCUUAAUCCAGUGUAUUUUGUAUGCUUUUAUUUUCGGAGGGCACUUUCUGCUUACAAGUGAUAAAUAUCAAUGCUGCAGUAAGAGUGACGGGUCUUCAUUUUGUGACUGUACAUCCUUAGAAGUAAUCUUGCUACAGUUUAAUGGAGAAAAAAAAGCUUUAAAUCAACAAGAAGAGGUGAGGCAUUUGACUUUUUGUUUUUUACUGAUAGUCGGACCAAAAACUCAAUUAUUGUGGAGCUGGUUUUUAAUGUUUUUAUGAGCUUAAUAUAUAGCAAUUCCAAUUAGAUGUGAUUAUUAUGCGUACUUGGGUUAUUAAUUCUGCACUUUCUUUGAAUAGACUGAUUAUACAAGGUUUAACUUUGGAUAUUUACCCAUUCUUUAUGUAUCUAAAUGGGUAUAGUUCAUGUAAACUGGUUGUUUCUAAAGCACAGACGCAACCUUUAAGCGUUAACCACUCAUAUGGAAGCGGAUUAGGUCAGGGGCUUUUACCAGAGUGUUCUAAAAGCUUCCUGGUAGCCUUUCGUGAGAAGUUUUUGGUAACAUUAUGCUUUAAAAAAUUCCUCCCAUUAGAUUAUACUCAACACUUUGAGACACACCCAUACCACUGGCUGCAUAUCAAACCCUCAGCAUUAUACCACCGUCACCAUGAAUGAGAACUGCUGCAGGGUUCUUAGGUUUAACUGUCUCCAAACAUUCUUCCUAAACUGUGGCCUAACAUUUUUUUUUUUCUUAGACUAUAAACUUCUCAUGAAAGAAGUUAGCUUGUUUGUGCCACAGGUUGUCAGUAGAGCUUGAAGGGGUUUAUUUUAAAGCAGGGGUGGGGUUAUUUAUCCGUACCCUAAGUUCCUGACAGGCUUUAACUUCAGUGGGGCAUGCAAGCUUCUUUUCAUCCUUUUAUUUAAAGGUUAGUUUUAUUCAGAUGGUUGGUACCAAAU